GCUGUUUUUAGCCUCGUCCGGGCGGUGCUUCGGCCGUACGCCGAUUUAAGUUUUGGGCUGCGCACGCGGCGCCCCGCUCCUGCCUUCCUAAGGCCGCGUUUCGUUUCAUUGAGAUAACUCAUCUGAGGCUCUCGGAGCACUCUAUGCAACUCGCGCAGCCUGCUCACAGCUCGAUCGAGCCAACAAGCGCAUUUGAAUUCAGCUGCGGGAAGGGCUAAUUAUAAAAAGGGAGCGUUGCGUAACGCCUACUUAGACGCCCCGAUCACAUGGCUCCCCGCGUACUACCACAGAGCGCCGUCCUCAUCGUCACGGUGGUCGCCGUCGUCGGGGCCUUCCGCGCGCCGCGAUCCGGCCUCGCGCCGCGGCCGCGGCAGGCACCCGGCCCGCGGCGGCGCGACGCGCGCGCCUUUUCGGCGAGCGAGAUCACUCCGGACGCGUUCACGGAAAAGGCGUGGGAGGCGCUGCAGGGCGCGUCGCAGGCCGCGCAGGCGCGCCGCGGCGGCGUCGUCGAGCCCGAGGACCUGCUGGGCGCGAUCCUGCGGCAGGACGGCAACGGGCUGCUGAACCGCGCGCUGCGGUUGUGCGAGCCGCCGGCGGAUCCCAGGGCGCUGGCGCGGCUCGCGCAGGACAAGACGGCGGGCUUCCCGACCGUGUCCGGGUCGUCGGCCGCGCCGGGCUUCGGCCCGCGGGCGCAGGCGGUCGUCCAGGAGGCCUUGGCGGAGGGUCGCCGGCUCGGCGACCGGUACUGCUCGAACGAGGUGCUGGGGCUGGCGCUGCACGCGCCGGACGCCUGCGGGCCGCUCUUCGCGGCCGCGGGCGUCGCCGCGCCGGCGACGCUCCGGGCGGCGGUCGACGCGCUCCGGGGCGACAAGACGGUCGACACGCGGACGCCGGAGGCCACGACGGACGCGCUCGACCAGUACGGUCGCGACCUGACGAAGCUGGCCCGCGCGGGCAAGCUGGACCCCGUGAUCGGGCGCGACGACGAGAUCAAGCGGACGAUCCAGAUCCUGAGCCGCCGGACGAAGAACAACGCCUGCCUCGUCGGCGAGCCCGGCGUCGGCAAGACCGCCAUCGCCGAGGGCCUCGCGCAGCGCGUCGUGAGCGGCGACGUGCCCGAGGCGCUCCAGGGCCGGACGAUCGUCUCGCUGGACAUGGGCCUGCUGAUCGCCGGCGCCAAGUACCGCGGCGAGUUCGAGGAGCGCCUCAGGGCCGUCAUCGAGGAGGUCGAGGCCGCGGAGGGCCGCGUCAUCCUGUUCAUCGACGAGAUCCACACGGUCGUCGGGGCCGGCGCCUCGGGCGGGGCCCUGGACGCGUCGAACCUCCUGAAGCCGGCGCUCGCGCGCGGCGAGCUCCGGUGCGUCGGCGCGACGACGCUGGCCGAGUACAAGCAGCACGUGGAGGCGGACAAGGCGCUCGAGCGGCGGUUCCAGAAGGUGCUGAUCCGCGAGCCCGACGUCGAGGCGACCGUGUCCAUCCUGCGGGGCCUCAAGCCCAAGUUCGAGGCGCACCACGGCAUCCGCGUGCUGGACAGCGCGCUGGUCGCGGCCGCCCGGCUCUCGGACCGCUACGUCGCGUCGCGGUUCCUGCCGGACAAGGCCAUCGACGUCGUCGACGAGGCGGCGGCCAAGCUGAACAACGAGGUGACGUCGCGGCCGCCGGCCCUCGACGCGGCCGACCGCCGCGCGAUCGAGCUCGAGAUGGAGAAGGUGAGCCUGACGUCGUCGCUCGUCGAGACCGCGACGCCGGAGGACAACGACGCGCGCGUGGCCGAGAUCGACCGCGAGCUCGCGGCGCUCCACGACGAGCGGCGGCGCCUCGAGGACGCCUGGCAGGCCCAGCGCGCCAGCGUCGGCAGCGUCGGCGAGCUCAAGGAGACCAUCGCCGCGAAGCUCAAGGAGGCCGAGGGCCUCGAGGCCGACUUUGACCUCCAGCGCGCGGCGGAGAUCCGCUACACGGAGGUGCCCGCGCUCGAGGGCCGGCUGGCGGCGGCCGAGGCGGCGCUCGAGGGCGGCGCGGCCGAGAGCCUCGUCGCGCGCGACACCGUGACGCCCGACGACGUCGCGGCCGUCGUCGCCGCCUGGACGGGCGUCGCGACCGCGCGGCUGGUGGCCACGGAGCGCGACAAGCUGCUUCAUCUCGAGGAGACGCUCGCGCGGCGCGUCGUCGGCCAGCCCGACGCCGUGAACCUCGUCGCCGACGCGGUCCGGCGGUCCAAGGCCGGCCUGGGGGACCCCUCGAAGCCCAUCGCCGCGUUCGCGUUCCUGGGCCCGACGGGCGUGGGCAAGACGGAGCUCGCCAAGGCGCUGGCGCAGGAGGUCUACGACGACGCGGGCGCGCUGCUGCGCUUCGACAUGUCGGAGUACGCGGAGAAGCACACCGUGUCGCGCCUGCUGGGGGCGCCGCCGGGCUACGUCGGCUACGACCAGGGCGGCCAGCUCACCGAGGCCGUGCGGAACCGGCCCUACUGCGUGAUCCUCUUCGACGAGAUGGAGAAGGCGCAUCCCGACGUCUUCGACACGUUCCUCCAGCUCCUCGACGACGGCAUCCUGACCGACGGCCAGGGUCAGACGGUCAACUUCCGCGACGCCAUCGUCCUCUUCACGUCCAACGUCGGGUCGCAGCUCAUCCUCGACUCCGUCGCGGACUUUGCCGUCGUCGCCGCCCGCGUUCGAGACGCCUUCCUCGCGACACGCCUGCGAGCUCGCGCGCCCUCGCGACCGGCCCGGGAACGAACACGCGACUCGCCGCGAGAGCCGCCCGCGCAGGUCGACGCCGCCGGCGACGCCGACGGCGCCGCCGAGCUCACGGAGAUCAAGCGCAAGGUCCUGGACGCGAUGCGCGCCAAGUUCCGGCCCGAGUUCCUGAAUCGGCUCGACGAGAUCGUCGUGUUCAACCCGCUGCGCAAGUCGAUGCUCGCCGACAUCGUCCGGCUCGAGGUCGCCGCCAUCGCGCAGCGCCUCAACGCCACGCACCAGGCGUCGCUGUGGGCGGGCCCCGGCGCGACACUCGACCGCUCGCAUCAACCGGAAGGCGGCGAAACAUGUGAGCAACACACGCAGGUCGAACCCGACGCCGUCGAGCAGUUGGCGCUGAGCGGCUUCGACGCCGCCUACGGCGCGCGGCCGCUCAAGCGCCUCGUGACCAAGGCGCUCGAGUCGCCGCUCUCUCGGGCCAUCCUCAAUGACGAGCUCCACGCCGGCGACACCGCCGCUUUCGUCGUCGAGCACGAGCGCCUCGCGCUGCAGAUUCGACGCGGCGACGAGGCCCCCGGCUAGGUUCCGGGCCCGGGCUCGAGGGCCUACUAGGUCGCGUUCCGUCACGGAGCCAAGGCGGCACCCGCAUGAAGACUAAGACUUGUAGUAGUAAGUUUGAUUCUUGAAA